AUGCAGCCAAAUGGUGGGCAUCAACUGCCCGAGUACGACUACGAAUACAGCAGUCAAUACAGCCAGCAGCAGGCCAGUGGUGGCGCCGAAGCAGAUCGCCCCUCGGUCCCAGGCAUGCGCCCCACACUCGAAGCGCCGAUCUACUACCAGCCGUCGCCGCUGCCACAGCAGUACACACCGCAGCAGUCUUACUAUCAACCCAGCCGCACGCCCGUCGUUAAUUCUCAAUUCCCGUACGCAAAGUCCCCGCUGGAGCACAAAUCUAUCGCAGUGUAUCAACAGCAGCCGACAGAUUAUCGAAUCCAAGCCACAUCAGAAGCUCAUCACAUAGAGCCAUCAAUGGCCAUGGAACGCAUGUGUGAUGUCUGUCAGUACCCUGACCCUGUCCUCGUAGCACCUAACUGUAAUCAUACCUUUCACUCGCGCUGCGUUCACGUGUGGCCGAUGGACUCCUGUCCGGUUUGCGGAGAACCGCUUAAGGAGGUAGCGAUCUCUCCGACCAUCAAUAUGAUGGCGCGGCCCGAACCACGCAGCGGAAAGUGGACUCGCCCCGAAGAGAAGUUUAUCGACGGAGUCCUCCGCGAGUUUGAUCGACAGGCACUUCCGCUUGCACACGGCACACCAAUCCGCUUCGUGCUUGCCAAGAUGCUUAACUGCUCCACGAUGCGAUUGUCCAAGAAAUUCCAGAAGAAUGCGUUGGGUAAACGCACAUUCAGGGUGACCAAGCCUGGAAAAGGUGAGAAGGCGCUUCAGUUCGACCCCAUGGACCACGCGCGACGACAAUGCGAGCUAUCUCAAUUGGAGCAGAUGUUCCGUCAAGAGCUUGUGGAUCAGUUCCGACGUGAAAAUAACACGGACGAAGGUGCUUUAAUUGAAACUCAAAACUUGAGAAUAGCUGUCCAGCAGUUUUGGGUGAACAAUAUGCUGAAGUUUGCAGUUCUCGUAGGGCAGCCUGUGAUGGGAAUAGAUGUGUCGGAUGCAAAAAAACGCAAGCGUGCCAUGCAGCUUCUACGCAACGGACAAUUUAACGAGCUGCUAUCCUGGCAUCAUCAUCCGUCUCCAGCGAAUACGGUUAGUAUUACGCCAAUGCCGCCUGCUCUUACGACUACGUCGAGCGAUGAUCACGCCGUAUCAGCGUUGUGGAGCACCGGUGCGGCUGUGUAUUCCUCCUCGGUUUUAGGGCAAACGCAACAAGAAAGUGGACCAUCUAUUUCAGCUCUUCUACAUAAACCAGAGCGACUCGUGAAGAAAAUGCGCACGCCCGAGGGGAACGUCGACGUUGGUCGUUUCGGAUUGUCAAUGGACCAAUCUACGGUGUACCCACAAUACGGACGUACCUCACCUGCACCAUCAGUCUCUUCUUUCGAUUACAGCCAGCAGCAGCAGCAGCAGCAAUCCGAGCAAUUUGUGCGUCCGUCCAGUUAUUCGCCGUCCUCGGAAGGCAAGACGCCAACUAGAUACGGCAAUGUGUUGCAAUACCAAUACCAACAGCAGAUGCUGCCUGGGCUCACCGUACAUGAUCAGCGGAGCGGCUUCACGUCAGCAGUUUAUCCACGAGCUGAAAAAGCUUAUCACUCCAGUGGAACACGUCAGAUGGAUCCGUGGGAUGGUCUUCUGGAAAACAUGUCGUUCGCGGCUAAUGCGGCCAAGUCUGGUGCAAUUAGCCAAAGCAGCUCGUCCCAAGCUGUCGAUCCGUCCUUGCAGUCUUGGUCCUCCAGCAUGCACAUCAUAUGA